CACUCCCUCUUUCAGUGUGAUGUUUGGUCAUAUGACAGGGUCUGAAUACCGACACACACCGGACAUGAGCGAGUAGGAGUGAAGGGGAGAAAACAAGUGAACCGACCCUGAGAGAGCGUGAAAAUGCACUAGGGCACUUCUAUCUGACUGUGAAACGGUGAAGAAGGGAACUCGCUUAAAGAAACAGCGGACACGAGUUUCACCAACUAACUUUUGCGAGUAUAGGCCUAAUCAACUGAGCGGAGUUUUAAAAAACUAUUUCCAAGCCUCUCUCGUUAUUUCUUUCCCAUCUUUUUAGCGCAUGACCCCGGGACUGCAGAAUACUCAGAGCGGUAAGUGACAAACUCAUCACAAAAUCGGAGGCUGGGGCUCGAGGCAGCAUUUUGGACAUCACUUUUAUUGCAGAGCGUCGCGCCUUGAUUUUAUAGACUUGAGUUGUGAGAGUGACCAUGGUCGGGGAGAUGAGUGAGCAGGUCCGGGAAAGACCAAGGCCCAGCCCGGACUACCUGAUGCAGUUGAUGACGGACCGGAAGGUGAUGAGCUCUCUGCCCAACUUCACUGGCAUCUUCACACACCUGGAGCGGCUCCUAGAAGAAGAGAUAGGGAGAGUGCGCAAGGACAUGUAUAACGACUCGAUGAAUGGAGGUGUGGCCGCCGAGGGGCGGAACUCUGAGGAGCUGCCUAAUGGGAUUGGUCCAGUGGCUCAGCUGCAGGAGAAGCUCUACGUGCCCGUCAAAGAGUACCCCGACUUUAACUUUGUAGGUAGGAUCCUGGGUCCGAGGGGUCUGACAGCCAAACAGCUGGAAGCAGAGACCGGCUGUAAGAUCAUGGUACGAGGGAAAGGAUCCAUGAGAGACAAAAAGAAGGAGGAGCUGAACAGAGGGAAACCUAACUGGGAACACCUGAGUGAGGAACUCCAUGUACUCAUCACAGUGGAAGACACACACAACAGAGCUCAGAUCAAACUACAAAGAGCCACCGUAGAGGUCAAGAAACUACUCGUACCAGCCGCUGAAGGAGAGGACAGUCUAAAGAAGAUGCAGUUGAUGGAGCUGGCCAUUCUCAAUGGGACCUACAGAGACGCCAACAUCAAGCAACCCACUAUGGCUUUCUCCCUAGCCUCCUCUCAGCAGCCUCGGCUCAUCUCCAGUCCCUCCCCUGUUAUGCAGCAGGCUAUGAGAAACCCCGCCCCUGUUCAGCAGCCCAAUCUCAUGCCUCACCUGAUUCGUCAGAUCCAGAGUCAGCAGGCCCUCAUGCAAGGAGCCAAUCAGCAUGCAGGACUGAUGCAGCAAUCACCUGAAUCAGGAGGAUUCUUCUACGCUCCCUACGAAUAUUCCCCCUACACCCUAACCCCAUCUAUACUAGAAUACCCCAUGGACACUAGUGGAGUAUUAGGUAUGGCUUUCCAAACCAAAGGCUGAGAGAUAAACUCCCUCCUACAUAUGGACCUCAGACACACACACACACACACACACACACACAUACAUACAUACACCUAUCUGGGAUGGGCCUCUUGACUGUCUUCUUAAUGUAACUGUUUGAUGAUGUCACUGUUAACCCCCUGUGUUUUGGUGUUUUGGUAAUGUGGUUGCGUGGUGAGCAGGAGCGAUG